UGUUGAAGUACAGAUGGGGAAGGGUUCCCUGCAAGGUUGAUCAUCAGGCUUCCUGCACAUGACUGGUUGUAGGGACUGCAAUGGAAGAUUUGACAAAGGAGAGAGCCAAAAAGAUGAACAAGAGAAGAGUAAUUAGCAGCACUCCUAAACACUUCCUCUUCAUCAUCAGUACCAUCUUGAGAUAUGAAAAGAGGAUUCACGGUAUAAUGGGUGUAAAGGAUAUCUAAGGCAGCAAGCUAAGUGAAAGGUUUUGUAGUUUAGGGUUAGAAAUGGGAGUCUAAGGUGUGGGUUUAUACUUUAUAUAGAU